AUGCCAUCAGAAAGCUCGACAAAUCAAGCAAACAAGUCUAAGAAAGGGUACAGAAGAAGAGGAGGACAAAGAAAACCCAGAAAGCCUAGAGAAAGUCAGGAUAGAGAGAAGAGUCAUGAUGAUAAUGAUGCAUUAACAAACUGGAAGCGGAAUGUAAUUGACCCAGAAACGGAAAAGGAGCUUUUAAAGAGAAAAAAAGACGCAAUCAGUAAUAAGAACAAGGUUCAAAAUGAGACAGAGGAAGAUUCAUCCUUGGAAACAUGCGUUGUUUGUGCCAAUCCAAUCAGAAUAGCUGCUCUUUCUCCGUGUAAUCAUGUUGUCUGCCACAUGUGUGCUUUUCGUCAGAGGGCGCUAUUUGAAAAGAAACAGUGCUUAGUGUGUAGAACUGAUGCGGAUAAGCUGAUAUUUACAGAUAAUCCACCUGCCUCACACAAGUAUAGCGAUGUUCCAAGGUCGUCAAUAAUAUCUUCGAACAGUAAAUAUGGACUAGAAUUUACAUCAAAGAAGGUGGAGCAGGAAACUUUUGAAUUGCUUCAAUAUCGAUGCCCUGUGAAAGAUUGUCACCAGGAGGAGAAAGACGGUAAAACUGACGAUAAAGAAUCAAGAGCUCCAGUUUUCACCACUUUUAAGGGUCUUAACCAACACGUGCGAGAUGCACACAACAAGGUCUAUUGCCAGCUUUGUGGCAAAUUCAAGAAGGCAUUUAUUUCGGAGCUGCCACUAUACACAACACGAGAAUUGCACAUUCAUGAAUCCAAGGGUCUUUCAAACGAGGAAGGAUUCAAGGGUCACCCUAUGUGUAAGUUUUGCAGUGGUCAAAGGUUCUACUCGGAGGAUGAGCUUUUCAUUCACAUGCGAGAGAAGCACGAAAGAUGUCAGGUGUGUGAUCAAAUUGAUGCUUCACAUCCGCAGUACUUCAGGGAUUACAAACAUCUAUUCGAACAUUUUAAAGAGGCCCAUUUCAUCUGCAAUGUGCAGAGUUGCUUGGACAAGAAAUUCAUUGUCUUUGCAAACGAGUUCGAUUUGCAGGCUCACAUGAUAAAAGAGCAUGGAAAUAUAUAUGGAACGGACCAGGUCAUGCUUCCAUCGGCAGGACUGGAAUAUGAUGGCUCUAAUGCAAGAUAUUCUGCGCCUGGAUUCGGAACUAGACUAUCCACUUUGAGAGGUAGAAGUACUAAAAGCAAGACUUUAAAGGAUAAGCAAGAUAGCACCGAAUCUCGCGAGGUGAAAAGCCUGAGACUUCAGGAAAGAGCAAGACAUUACCUCCACUACUCACAGAGUGCAUUCGACAAAUUCACAGACUGCAAUAAAGGGUAUGAUGACGGUAAAAUCACUGCAUCCGAAUUGGUUGCAAAGUAUAAAGAGAUCUUUGGUUCCAAGAGAAGUGACGAGGAGGGCCCAGUCGACUAUGCGGUUCUUAUUUAUGAGUUAAGCAGAUUGUACCCUUCAAGUUCACCCAAACGGAAGGCAUUGGACAGAAUUAAUUCAUCGGCGAUGCAGCAGAAGAAGCUAGAUGAGCAGUUUCCCUCUCUUCCAGGCUCCUCUUCUAACUUGCAACAGGGAUGGGAUCCACCUACUAGAUCUUCUAACCAAGAACUUUUCCCAUCAUUACCAGCUUCACGUCCCGUGUCAUUUAGAAGUGGAAGUGUUAGAAUGUCAAAGUCUUCCUCGUCUCCAAGUUGGGCACCUCCAUUAAAUGCCGCAUCAAUUCCUGGUUAUCUCCCCAAGAAAAAUAGACAACGUAUUAAAACACAUUCUGCAUCACUUACAAACUCGAGGAACACCAGCUCGACUUCACUUGGAUCGGUAGGAUCCUCAUCUAGUUCUUUGGGAGGUGCCUGGGGUGCUCCAGUUAGUGUGAGACCAUCAGUGCAUGUGGGGACUUCAACAAAACCUCUGAUCACGUCCUUUAGUUCCAGCAGAUCGAACUCAAAUUCGGGAUUAAACGAUUCCAUGUUUCCAGAACUUCCAACUGUGAGAAAGAAAGUCAUUCCAAGAGUUCAUCCUGUGAAGAAGACAGUUAGUCCCUGGGAAAAUAGACAGACAAGUGCUCGUAGUAAUUCAAACACCAGAAAUGCCAAUGAUAUGUUCAAUAUGGGCUCCGUUCGGGGUGCCUUAAAUGAGACGACCAAUAGCCAGAAUAAGAAGAAGGGGAAGAAAAAGAAGAAGAUACUUUUGAAGAUCGGUGUUGGCCACUGA